UGUAUUUACUCGCUUGCAUCCAUGUCACCCACUGUUCACUGUUUUCCUGAUGCCAACGGGUGGCGGUUAGCCCGGGUGCGAGGGCCCUUUCAUUUGGUGUUAUGUUACCCAUGUUUUGUUUUAUGGGUAUGAAGUGUAGUUGAGCUUUUUUGAAUGAAAGAAUAUACUGCUGCACUAAAAACCUUAUAUUUAGGGCCCAAGCACCGAUGGUGUGAGGACCCUAUUGUAAUUGCUCAGUCAAUUCAUCUUCUCCGAAAUGAAUCACAUUUUUAAGGGCCUAAACAUGCUCGAAAACUCAUGAAACUUUGCACACACGUCAGAAGUGGUGAAAAUUUACGUCUGAUAUGGGUUUCAGAAUUAGGUGUGCAAAAUGGCUUGAUAGCGCCACCUACAAAAUGUCAAUUAAUCCCUUAAACGGUUCCCUUAGGUAAGGGAAAACGCUAAGUGUUUAACGACAGCGACCUAGGUUUUGCCGUUAUAAAAUUCUAUUGUUGCCAUGGACACGCUACUGUAUACUUUAACCCAUUAGCAGCCAUUACAGAAAACAAUGAAUAUAACCGAAAAAGAAAUGGAUAAGGAAAACAAAAAGAGAAAGCCAAAUUGGACAGAGGAGGAGAAGUGUAUACUUCUCGACGAAUAUGGGAAAAGGAAAGCGAUUUUAAAAAGCAAGCUUAAUCCCAAUGUAACUGCUACCAAAAAAUAUAAACAGUGGGAGGAAAUAACCGAUACAAUUAACGCACGUAAUCUAGGUGUAAAAAGGACUGUUCAGGAAAUAAUUAAGAAAUACGAAAACAUCUCUGUGAUGGCAAAAAAAGAAUUAAGCGUUCACAAGAGGGAGUCCAAUAAAACUGGUGGAGGACCACCGCCCCCUGAAUUGUCAGACUCUACUAAAAUGGUCCAAGACAUCAUUGGGGCGGACUCACCUGUCCUGGCUGGCAUCACAGGAGGUUUAGAGAGUGAAGCUGAACCAGAGAAACAGCAUAACACGGAACUUUCCCAGCAAUCCCAAACGCAGCUCCAACACCGACAAAGCACCAGUACGCCAAACCAGGCAGCAGCCAAAAAAACGCUUGCUACCAGAGAAGAAGUGCUGGAACUGCAGAAGGAAGUCCUGCAACUACAGAAAAACAAAUUGCAGCUGGAGAUCGAAAAAAUAAAAAAGGAGAAGGAAAAUCAAGAUCUGUACAACUUUAUUCUCAACAGUAAGCUUCUACAGCUACAGAGCGAAGAAAAAGUAACAAUCACGUCAGUUGACCAAUAAAUACAUUUUAUGUUGUA